AUGGAUGGCAGGCCGGCUCCGCCUCCGGAUCAAGACCACAAGCGAUCGAGGCCUCGUUUUCCCGACGAUCUCGAUCGCUAUGCUCACCACGAUGUCCAUAUCGACCAUCAGCUAACGAGAGUCACUAUGUGCGACCUCGUUUGUAUCAAGAGGCGCGUGAACAGAAUGGCCAUUCGAAUGAUCGCCGCUGGCAUCAUGCAAAUGAAGAAGUUCCUCGAUAUCCACGGGGUUGAGUGA